AUGGCCAACCACUGGACUGAAGAGUCAAUCUUUGACUCGUACAACAUCUUUGAAGAGACCUUCAAGGUCGUCUCCUCUCAUGAGAUCAAAGCUGCUGUUUUGAUCCCCAAGAACCUCAAACCUGGUUCCCACCCCAUCAUCUAUCAUCUCCACGGCGGAUUUCUCGUCACCGGUUAUGGCUUGUUUCCUGCCUUUUUCCCAAAGUGGGUUGACAAAUUGGCUCUCAGGCACUCAGCUAUCAUUGUGUCCCCUGAUCAUCGCCUCUUACCCUCCGAAAAUGGCGUAGCCGAUGUGCUCGAGGAUCUUGAAGACUGCUGGCAGUGGACAAAGCUGAAGCUACCAAGCAUCCUGGAGACUAAGGCUCCUGGCCACUUUCUUGACUUUUCGCAGACACUGCUUGCUGGGGGCUCGGCUGGUGGUUAUUGUGCGACAGAGCUGGCUCUCUCCUACCCCGACGAUUUUCGAACCCUCGCAGUCGUUUACCCCCUCUUAGACCCCAGAGACAAAGUGUACGUCGAGGGCCCAGGACCAGACGAGCCCACCAUCCUACGAGCAGAUCUCAAGGAUAUGCCAUCCAAGGAAGAGACUAUAGCUUGGAUCGAGGAGACCCGCAAGAAGCCCCAUUCCAAAGACAACCUUGACAGGAUUCCCUUCCCAAUUGCGGCUUGCCACUCUGGCAUCUUCGCAUCAGCCAUUUUCGACAACAAGGGACUAAAUAGGAGGGAAUUCUUUCCACUGGAGAGAAUCGAAGCUGGCGAGAGGCUACCUCCAAAGAUGUGGUUGAUGCAUGGGGAUGAUGAUGCGACUGUACCCAUCAGGGGAAGUUACAAGUUCAUUAAUCUUAUACACAAGAAGCUUCCGCAGACUACGCUCAGAUUUGAUGUUUGUCCUGGACAAGAUCACGCAUUCGACUUUGACGAAAGCACUUGGGAGUCAUUUGCGUCAGAAGCGCUAGACUUUGUCACUAAGGGUUGGCUCAUCGAGGGUUGA